AUCAUUUUCAGGCAGGAAAUCGGAGAGUUUGCUCAGACAGUCGAGACAGCAGUAAGUCUGCCAGAUUUAAAAACUGCCUGUCGCACAAUGUACAGAGCAAGGGCAAAGGCAUUGCCACCUUUGCCAAGCACUCUAAAAGAUAUUGUAGUCAAUGGGCGAAGACAAUUGAUGGAAGAGAAUUUCUCUUGUUGUUUGGAUUCUAUAGAGGAUACGACACCAACCAACCAAAAAAUUUAUUUGAUUUUCAGAUGUUUGGCACCAGGGAGAAUAUUGUGCCAAUCCAAAAAAAUUUACUUAGACGGAACUUUUAAAAUGGCACCAAAGCUUUUUUGCCAGCUUUAUACCAUUCAUGGUACAUACAUGGGUAAAAUAUUCCCAUUAAUCUAUGGCCUAUUGCCUGAUAAGACGAAACAGACGUAUUUACGUUUGUUUCAGCACAUCAGCAACCAGGCUUGGAUUAAUGGGCAUAUUUUUAAUCCAGAAUGUGCCAGGAUGGAUUUUGAAGCUGGCGCAAUGAAUGCUUUAAAAGAAACCAUCCCUUGGAUAGCGAUUAAGGGGUGUUAAUUUCACUACUCCCAGUUGAUUUGGAGGAAGGUAACUAAAUAUUGAGUCUUAAUGUUAUGCAACAUUUAAUUACUAAAUUAAGUUUAUUUUAAAAAUCAAUUUUAUUCAUACU